AUGAAGCUUAACAACUGCUGCAGUUCAAGCAAUUCAAGAAAUUCGAGCAUCAGAAACUAUGUGAGAAGAAGUGGGUAUGGGAGCAGUGUGUCUUUCGGUGCUGUAGCAGCUUCAUCAAAGAUGAUCGUGAUGCCCAGAUGGAGAAUGUUGUGGAUUAAAAUAAAGAAAGAGAAGAAGAGGCUUUUUGAUUGCUCAACUUAUACUCCAGUGCAUCUUCCUUAUGAUCCUUAUACCUAUGCUCAGAAUUUCGAUCAGGGUUCUAAUUGGGCUGAUCCUGAUAAUCUUUCUAGGUCCUUCUCUGCUCGUUUUGCUGUUCCUUCUAGGAUUUUGAAGAAAGGUGGAUUGCAAAGUGAAGCUGUGAUAUUGUCAAGGUCUUAG